AUGGCGUCUUGUGAACAUCCAGAGGCGACAGUUGAUCCAAUGUGCGAUGAUGGUGAUGAUUCUAAUGCUUCCGGAGAUGAAGUUCGGACACCAAUUUCUCGAAAUAAAAACAAGCGUAAAGAAACAGAUGAAGGCGGUAGUUCAAAGAAGGCUAGAUCAUGGGUAUGGGAUCAUUUCACCAAAAAGAUAGAAGAUAAGGACAGAGCUAGUUGCAACUACUGUGGGAAAGAGAUGGCAAGUGCGAGCAAGUCUGGAACAACUAGUUUGUCAAAGCAUUUGAAUCUCGCUUGCAAGAGUUUCCAGGUGUGGCAAGCAGCAAAUAGGUUUGGUACACAAGGUGUGAUGUCUCCAGUCGGUGAAGAUGGUGAUCUUAUGGUGUGCAAGGUAUCUAAAACAGUCUUUAGGGAAGCUACAAACGAGAUGAUGGUCUUGGGAGAGUUAGCUUUGUCUUGGGUAGACAGCUUCGCGUGGAAGCAUUUCUGCGAUAAAACGAAGCUCUACUCACCUCAUUCUAGGAGAACAGCCAGACGAGAUAUAGUAGAGAUGUAUGUGAAAAAGAAAGAGGCGAUGAAGAAGAUACUUGGAGAGAACAAGCAAAGGCUUUCAUUGACUACUGACAUUUGGACUGCGCCUUAUACAAGAGCAAGCUACAUGGUAAUCACAGCUCACUUCGUAGAUGCUGGAUGGAAGUUAAGGAAGCUCAUCAUUGGAUUCAAGAACGUUGUUGAUCAUAAAGGAUCAACUAUCUCUAAGGUUCUUCUUGAUUGUUUAGAAGAAUGGGGAAUCAAAAGAGUGUUUUGCAUCACUGUGGAUAACGCUACAGCUAAUGGUUCAGCUAUGACAAGAUUUAAGGAAGGUUUCAAGGAGAUUGGAGAUGAUGCGAUGGUUUUAGAAGGUCGUUUUCUACAUAUUCGCUGUGCUACUCACGUUUUGAAUCUUAUUGUCAAGGAGGGUUUGCGGGAAGCUGACAACAGUAUAAAUGCAAUUCGAAAUGGUAUUUUGUAUGUGAGGUCUUCAACGCAGAGACAGAUAGCCUUUGAGCAGCGUGUUGAGUCAGGAAAACUUCAGAGAGGAAGCUUGCCUCUGGAUGUCACCACGAGAUGGAACUCCACGUAUCUGAUGCUAGAGCAGGCAAUGAAGUUUAAAGUGGCUUUUGAGAAGAUGGAAGCAGAAGACAAGCCAUAUAAUGAUUACUUCAACGAGUUUGUGCAAGGAGAGAAACGAAUUGGACCACCAACUAAAGUGGAUUGGGAAGCUGUUGAUAGGUUAGUUCAGUUCUUAAUCAUUUUCUACCAAGCUACAUUGGUUUUGUCAGCUUCAACUUCAGUCUGUGCGCACAAGUUUUAUCACGCUAUCUACACAGUCACGAGAAAUAUUAGUGGGUUAAGCACUGCUCCUGGUCCUGAUGCAAUAUUGAGGUUUAAAGCUGCAUCUAUGCUAGGAAAAUUAGGCAAGUAUUGGGAUCCAUUUGGGGAGAAAGUGGAGAUGAAUAAACUCAUCAUUGUAGCUGGUGUUCUUGACCCGACGAAGAAGAUGAAGUUUGUAACUAAAUGUUUUGAGAACUUAUAUAGAAAAGAGAGUGUUGAGGCGACUCAGUUAGCUAAAGAAACCGAAGACAUUUUAAGGGAUUUGUUCAAUGAGUACAACAGCAUUUACAACGCGAACAAGAAUGGAGGGCCAGGGUCCACUACUGCGUCUCAUCAUAGUCAGUCUCAAGGUACCUCUUCUCAGUCUCAAGAUCUGUUUGUUGAAGAAGUAUCUCAGAGAACAGUACUUGGGAAUGGUGUUGCAUAUGAGAGCAUGAAUGACAUCUAUGAGGAGCUUGGCCAAGAAGCUGGUUUUCAGGAAAAGACAAACGAGUUGGAUCUCUAUUUGAAAGAGAGUGCGGAGAAUCAUCAUGUGAUGAAUGGUACAUAG